AUGUAACAUGUGGUUGGUAAAAUAUAAAAGUUAGAGGAAAUCAAUGCAAAUUACUAUAUUAUGUUCAAAGUGAGGAUAAAUGUGUAUUUUCCACCAAAAACUAACCGAUGAAUAACGAAAAAACGGAUGGAGGGUGCAUAUGCCAAAAAGCUAAACGUUUGGGGUGUGGUUGCCAAAACAUCAAAAUCUAGGGAGGUGGAUGCAAAUUACCCUAUAUAUAUACUUGUUGCAGUUCAGGCUAAGUUUUCAUACCUGCAAAAAAAAAAAAAAAAAAAAAAAAAAAGAAAAAUGGAAGCAACACUGGCCUUAGUUUUAAUCUCUCUCGCCAUGGCAGCAUCAAUAACAUGUGCAGCUAAGGUACUAAAUUUUCUCUGGUUGAAGCCAAGAAAACUCGAGAAAUUUCUAAGAAAUCAAGGUUUGCACGGAACUCCGUACCGACCGUUUAUCGGAGAUGUGAAAGAUAUGAUGAAAGCCAUCAAAGCAGAACAACCUAAAUCAAUCGAACUUUCCGACGAAGACACUUCGCCGCACAUUUUUGCUUACUAUUACGACAUCCUUAAAAAGUACGGCAAAAAUUCUUUCUUCUGGUUCGGUCCGUGGCCGAAACUGAACAUCGUUGACCCGGACCUAAUAAAGGAGAUUUUAAAGAAAUACGACGUGUUUGAGAAGCCCCAUACGGAAACAGCCAAGAUUCUUACGAGUGGGAUUGUGCUUCUCGAGGGCGAAAAAUGGGCUAAACACCGAAAGAUCAUCAAUCCCGCUUUUCAUCUACACAAGUUGAAGAAUAUGGUUCCAGCAAUUGGUUUAAGCUGUACAAACAUGAUAUCCAAGUUGAAGUCAAAGGUUUGCAGUAGUACCGGCGGAAGCUGCGAAAUCGAUAUGUGGGCAUGCCUGGAAGAUUUCACGGGCGAUGUUAUUUCGCGCACGGCUUUCGGCAGCAACCACGACCAAGGAACGAAAAUAAUUCAGCUUCAGCGUGAAAAACUUAAGCUCACCCUCCAACUAUUGCAGUUUUCGUUUAUCCCUGGAUGGAGUUACCUUCCGACGAAACUAAACAACAAAAUCAAAGCGAUAAACAACGAAAUUGAGUCCUUACUAAGGGGUAUAAUCGACAAAAGGCAGAAGGCAAUGGAUAGGGGAGACGAGGCUCCUAGCGAUGAUUUAUUAGGUAUACUAAUGGAAUCAAAUUCAAGAUUUGUCGAAGAAUGCGAAAAUAAGAAUAAGGGAAUGAGUAUUGAAGAUGUGAUUGAGGAGUGCAAGCUGUUCUAUGUGGCCGGCUCGGAAACAACGGCUUGUUUGCUCGUGUGGACUAUGGUUUUGUUGUGCGAACAUAUUGAAUGGCAAACUCGAGCAAGAGAAGAGGUUAUUCAGGUAUUCGGGAACUCAGAGCCAAGUUUUGAAGGAUUAAAUCAGCUCAAGAAGGUUAACAUGAUCUUACAAGAAGUGUUGAGGUUGUACCCGCCAUUACCUAUGAUCAAUCGAUACUCUACAAAGACGGUGAAACUCGAAAACCUAACUAUUCCGGCCGGGGUACAUUUGUUGUUGAUGGUAGGGUUAGUCCAUCGUAAUUCCGAUAUUUGGGGAGACAAUGCGAAUGAGUUCAAUCCUCUAAGGUUCUCUGAUGGAGUAUCGAAAAUUCAAUCGUCAUUCGUACCGUUCAGUUCAGGGCCUCGGAUAUGCGUCGCACAAAACUUUGCAAUGGUUGAAGCAAAAAUGGCUCUAGCUACAAUUCUCCGAAGCUUCUCAUUUGAGCUUUCGCCGUCAUAUUUGCAUGCUCCUUUCUCCGUUACAACUCUUCAACCACAAUACGGUGCUCCAAUCAUCUUUCAAAGCCUAGAGCCGUUCAUUUCAGGGUCCUAAACAAGUGGAUUAAAAGUUAUGAAUGUACUAAAAAUGUGAUGCAUCAUGCAAUAAACUCGUACGAUUGUAUUCAUUUUAGCCAUGUUUGAGAUUGUUGAUUUAUAUACUUGCAUAAACAUGUAGUGUUGUAACAAUUUACUUGUUUCAAAGAAAAAAAAACCUACUCCCUCCGUC